AUGCCCGCCUCGCUGCUCUCUCUCAUCGCCACCUUCUACAAAAAAGAGGGGAGGAAAAAAAGUUGAUGCCAGAAAGGAAAAUACCUCAAUCAUUUUCUUGUCUCCCAAACACGAUUCUUCUCUCGCCGAGAAGAAGGUGGAGUGGAGGGGCAAAGAAAGCAGAUCAAAAUAAUAUAAAGUUUCGAUAUUUUGGAAUCUCACAACUGUCACCAUUCACCAACUGUUUAUCCAUUCAAACGCUUAGAUCUGAAUGUCCAAUGCGCUUUCUCUUUUGGAGGGUUUCUAAGACGACGACAGUUUUUUGAUCAACUGGUUAUGCUUGUAAGUGGGCGUGAGGGAAGAAUUCAUUCAAUGUUAUUAGAUCUCCUGUUGUAAUGAAACUUUGACUUGCGCCCCUUUUUUUCCUUCCUGGGGCUUGAGUUACUCGCAUUGAGUUGAUUUGUUUCACUUUCACAUUGGACCUAUCAUGGUUUUCUGGGAAGGAUAUGUGAGCGACGAAGUGAUGGGCACGUUUGCCCCUAUUGUGCUUUAUUGGAUAUACGCUGGAUUUUAUCAGUUGUUGCCACCUUUGGACAAUUAUCGGUUACAUUCUAGAAGAGAAGAGGAAGAGAAGAAUUUGGUGCCACUCUUGGCCGUGGUGAAGGGUGUUCUACUUCAACAGCUUGUUCAGGCAACCGUGGCACUACUAUUGUUGACCUCAAAUGCAAAUGCAUCUGGGGUUACAGUGCAACCUUCUAUUCUGGUACAAGCUUUUCAGAUCGUCAUUGCUAUGUUUGUCAUGGAUACAUGGCAAUACUUUGUGCACCGCUACAUGCAUCAGAACAAAUUUUUAUAUCGUCAUAUCCACUCUCAACAUCACAAACUAGUUGUUCCUUAUGCAAUAGGUGCCCUGUAUAACCACCCUCUUGAGGGUCUUCUUCUCGACACUUUUGGUGGUGCCAUCUCGUAUCUAGUUUCUGGAAUGACUGCCAGAACAGCCAUCGUGUUCUUUUGCUUUGCUGUCAUUAAGACCGUGGAUGAUCAUUGUGGACUCUGGUUGCCAGGAAAUAUCUUCCACAUGUUUUUCCAGAACAAUACAGCUUAUCAUGAUAUCCACCAUCAACUACAAGGGCUGAAGUACAACUAUUCUCAACCAUUCUUUUCAAUAUGGGACAAAAUUCUUGGGACAUACAUGCCGUACAAUCUUGUAAAGCGAGCGGAAGGGGGUUUUACAGCAAAGGCAUUGAAGAAGGACUAGUUUUAUUUGGCCAAGCAAAAAAGAUGGACUAGUUUCAUGCAGUAAAAGUUGAUCAUGUGUUAUUGUCACUUCUGAAUUCUGAUGGGAGCAAUCUUCCUUCCCUUACAGCUAGAUUUGCUGAUGGGGAAAGAUUCUGACCCAUCUCCAGGAGGCUUUCCAAUAGGCAUAUACUUGGUAUUUUGAUUGAAGCUUCCUAGUUGUAAUUCAGUUCAUCUUGCGAAGGUGGCUUUGCUAGCUUACCAAAUUCUCUUGCUCUCUUCAUUCUGUAUCAUACUCAUUAUUUAAUGGUCAUGGAAAUCUUCAGGGUGGGGACAGUUGAUUUUGGUGUACUUAAACGUGUAAGCUCAUGAAAGAAUACCUAGUUUUCACGUUACCAAUUUUGUAAUUUGAAACACUGAUUGAUUUGUAUUUUUGCUGAUAAACAUUUGUGGGUUAUCAAGUCAAUUUGGU